AUGAUAGAAAUUUGCUUAAAUGGAAAGUGGUCAGCGUGGUCCGGAUGGAGUGGAUGCGCACCAGGAGUUUGCGCAGGAAACCAAAAAAUCAGAACCCGCACGUGUUCGAACCCAGUCCCCAGCACUGAUGGCGCGUACUGUGUGGGAGAUAACGCUGAACAAAAAGAUUGCAUGAUUGACGGUGGUUGGACGGAGUGGUCACAGUGGUCGCAGUGUGAAAAUCCCUGUGGAGGCUCAUACGUCAACCGAACAAGAGAAUGUGACAAUCCCAAGCCUACCCCCGACGGGAAACCUUGCACCGGGAAGAAUGUCGAAACUAAACUAGAAUGUAUAUGGCCAUGUCCAACGGAACCUGUUGACGGACAGUGGAGUGAAUGGUCAAAAUGGUCGAGUUGCCCUCAAAGUUGUGGCAUACCCAGCGGUACUUUCAUCACGCGCACGCGUCAAUGUAACCGCCCUCCUGCAAUGAAUGGCGGGAAACCAUGUCAAGGAGACGCCACUGAAGCUGUUAAAUCGUGUUUCACACCUUGUCCAGUCGACGGAGGCUUCACGUUAUGGAGCAGUUGGUCGAGGUGUUCAAGGACGUGUGGUAACGGAAUGCAACGACGAAGCAGAUCCUGUACAAGCCCACUACCACGACAUGGAGGGCGAAACUGUACGAGUGAUUACAGCCAAAUGAAAAGCUGUAAGCUGCAAGUGUGUCCAGGUGCCGUUGAUGGAGGYUGGUCAGCAUGGACAUCAUGGUCACAGUGUUCAGAGGGAAAAUUCUGUCUCAGGGGAAACUCCUCUCGAAGCAGAUCCUGCAACAACCCUCCUCCUAAGAACGGUGGUGACGACUGCGGUGGAGUUGGUGUCGAGAAGAGAAACUGCCCUACACCUAAGGAAGGAUGCACUGGUUGGAAUGUGAUACAGACGAGAAGUUUACUGCCAAAGCUGCCCCUGCUGCAAGAAUCCCAACGGCUCUAGUGUCGAGCUUUUUUAGCUUUAUAAGUGCAGAAUUGCAGAAUGCAUGGUUUGGGGUCAAGAUAGAAGAUGAUAAGAUAAAUCCAAAGAAGA